ACAGUGGAACGGAGGCCAUGACUGCAGCAUCAGACGAGAGGCAAGAUAGGGUAGGGUAUUGGGGGCGAGAGAACUUGCAGCUUGCAGAAAAAAGAAGCUGAGCCGAGAGAAAAGAAAGAAGCCGAGCCAUCAGCCGUGAAAGUUCACAUAUACAGGGGGGACAAGCGAGCUGCGGCGUGCGUCGUUGGAUGAUUUUGUAAUCCACGUGACAUCCAUCGGGAUUCGGAAGCAGGCAUGCAGAGAGGGAGUUUGCAGCCCGGCUGCACUGAAUUUUUUUCCGCAAAAAGCCCGAUAUCGAUCAUGGACUCCCUGUCUUCCCUCCUCCUCGGUUCCUCCUUCCUCCUCGCAGCCGCCGUCUUCCUUGGCCACCAUGACGGCGCCUCCACCGCCACCACCACGCACCUGCACUUCUACAUGCACGACGACUACACCGGCCCCAUCCCGAGCGCCAUGCGCGUCGUGUCCGGCCGGUCCUUGCUGCAGGCCUCCUCCCCAGCGAGCACCACCGCCGUCUUCGACGGCAACGACACGGCACCGGCGUCGACGCCGCCGCCGCCGCGGCAAUUCGGGGACAUCGUGGUGCUGAACAACCCGCUGACGGAGGGGCCGGACGCCGGCAGCGCGCGCGUGGGCACCGCGCAGGGGUUCGGGGUGCGGGUGUUGGAGCGCGGCGUGGUGACGGACCUGAGCAUGCACGUGGUGCUGGAGGCCGGCGAGCACCGCGGCAGCUCGGUGGCGGUGAAGGGCCGCAUCGACGUGAACGUCGCCGUGCGUGAGUCCGUGGUCGGCGGCGGCACCGGCCGGUUCCGGCUCGCGCGUGGGUACAUGGUCAGCAGGAACUACGACUACAACCUUGCUACCGGCGGCGUCGUCGAGAUCGACUUGUACCUGCAGCACUAG